AUGUCCUGCAAGUCCGAUGUCCGUUACAAUUUCUCUCGAGCUUCUGUGGAGGAGUGGUCGGAUUUUAUGUCGCGCCACGGCGUUCAGCGUGUGGUAUCUCUGCUGAGCGAUACCGAGCUAGACACAUACAGCGAGCCGCUGCCGCCGGCGCUGGCCGCACGCUUCCGGCGCGCAGUGGUGCUGGACGCCAAGGCUCCAGGGGCGGUGGAUAAACUGGUCACAGAGUUGAAGGACGCGGUGGAUGCCAAGGAGAAGGUAUUGGUGCACUGCUGGGGAGGCGGCGGCCGUACGGGGAUAGCGCUGGCGGCGUGGCUCGUUCGAAACCACGGGCUGAUUCCGGAGCAGGCGGGCAGCCAUGUGGAGCAGUACAGCAAAGCGCAGGGGGCGUCCAGGCGCGCAGACGUGGCACAGCUGCGAGACUUCCUGGGCAGCGGUCGCGACGGCAGCUGA